UGCUGUGUUUUUGGCUUUCUCUCUGUGUAAUAUUUUUAUUCAUUACUACACUUACAUUCAUCUCCUCACACUCAUAACCCAUAUAUGCUGGAUCGCUGAUGCUGUGUUCGCAGUUCUGUUGAUUGGUAUUCCAGACGCCGUCAUCUGCAGUCACAAUCUAACAGGGCUGCGCGUGGAUUUACAGGGAAAUAGAAGUUCUAGUUAGUAAAGUGUCGGAGGAAAACCUAGUCUAGUCGAGUGUACUAAGCCUGGCCACCAUCAAACUUCCGCCGGAACUAAUGUGCCAGUGCUGAGCUUGAAGAUGUCAUCAUGUAGAGUAGUUUUUGUGCAACUUUCGUUAGUGUUACUAAUUGGUGGUUUAUGUCAUCGAUGUCUUGCAGUAGAAGACAAAAAACCAUUAGUAUUCACAGUAGCCAGUAAUGAAACAGAGGGAUAUUUGCGCUACAUUCGAUCAGCUCGACACUACGGGAUCGAGGUGACAACCCUCGGCCUCGGAAUGCUCUGGCUUGGAGGUGACAUGAAGCGCCUCGGGGGUGGAUACAAAAUCAAUCUCCUCCGAGAGGCUCUAAGGCCAUACAAAAUGGAAGACGAUCGCAUUGUGCUGUUCACCGACAGUUACGAUGUACUCUUUCUGGCAUCGUUGGAGAAAAUCGUUGAAAAGUUCAAGACUUUCAACGCCUCCAUAGUGUUCGGCUCCGAGGGAUACUGUUGGCCCGAUGAAGAACUUAAGAACAAAUAUCCUCAGCUCGCAGGUCGCGGCACACGGUUUCUCAACUCGGGGAUGUUUAUCGGAUACGCUUCGAAGGUGUACCGAAUGUUGAAAACUCCUGUUAAAAACACCGACGAUGAUCAGCUGUAUUACACCAAAAUCUACCUGCAUGAACCAAUCCGGGACGAUCUGAAGAUUAAGCUAGAUCACACAGCAGCACUGUUUCAAAAUUUGAACGGUGUCGAGGAACAGAUUAUCCUAGCACUGGAUCCGGAAACCAAAUCGGCCUACCUAAAAAACACGGAAUACUCGACAACACCUUUGGUCAUACACGGAAAUGGACCGAGUAAGCUAACGUUGAAUGGAUAUGCAAACUAUCUAGCUGGAGCAUUCGUCGAGGGAGAGUGUAAAACCGUUCACGAAAAUCUGCUAGAAUUGGACGAAGACAAUCUACCAACUGUGAUGCUGGCCCUGUUUAUAGAAAAAGCUACUCCAUUCCUGGCGGAAUGGUUUGUCAAAAUAGCGCAACUAAAUUAUCCCAUGUCCAAGAUGCAUCUUUUCAUUCACAACAAUGUUAUUUAUCACAAGCCAACGAUCGAUCAAUUCAUAGCACAGUAUGAGAAAAAAUAUCAGUCCUUGCGGGUGGUUGAUUAUAACGAAGACUUCGAGGAGCUGGCAGGACGGUCGCUGGCCGUCAAUCAGUGUCUUAAGAAGAAUUGUGAUUAUCUGUUCGUCGUCGAUGCCGAUGGUCACAUUGAUAUGCCGGACACGCUUCGAGUGCUUAUGAGUCUGAACAGGAACGUUGUAAGCCCAAUGCUGAAUCGUCCGGAAAAGGUGUGGAGUAAUUUCUGGGGAGCCUUGAGCAGUCAGGGAUUUUACGCACGCUCUAGUGAUUAUAUGGAUAUAGUUAGUAGAAAAAUUCUGGGAAUAUGGAACGUUCCCUACAUAUCGACUGUUUAUCUGGUGAAAAAAGCGGUACUACCAUCGAUCGAAUAUGAGCUUGAAAAAACUGACCCAGAUAUGGCAAUGUGUUGGCACCUACGCAGCAAAGGAAUAUUUAUGCACGUAGUCAACACAAGAAACUUCGGCCAUUUAAUCGAUACGGAUUACUAUGACACCACACGUGUGAAUCCGGAUUUUUACCAACUUUUCAACAAUAAGUGGGAUUGGGAAGCAAAGUACAUAUCGGCUGGUUAUUACAAACAGCUGGAGAAGGAUUUCAUCCCCAAGCAACCGUGCACUGACGUGUACUGGUUUGAGCUGGGCACUGAAGUGUUCUGCGAUCAUCUGAAGGAAAUCGUAGAAGGUUUCGGACAAUGGUCGGAUGGCUCCAACAACGACGAGCGGCUGCAGGGCGGCUACGAAGCGGUUCCUACCAGGGAUAUUCAUAUGAAUCAGGUUGGACUGGAUCAGCUGUGGCUGAAGGUUCUCCAGCUGUACGUUCGACCACUACAGGAGAAAGUUUUUGUCGGGUAUUUCCACGAUCCACCUCGAUCUCUUAUGAACUUUGUUGUCCGCUACAAGCCGGACGAGCAACCCUCGCUGCGGCCACACCACGACUCAUCAACGUAUACCAUUAAUGUUGCUCUGAACCGGGUAGGAAUCGAUUACGAGGGAGGAGGCUGUCGAUUCCUGAGGUAUAACUGUUCGGUAACGGAUACCCGCAAGGGUUGGUUGCUGAUGCAUCCGGGACGUCUAACGCACUUCCAUGAAGGGCUACCCACAACCAAAGGCACACGCUACAUCAUGAUUUCCUUCGUGGAUCCGUAGGUUGCGUUGGAGUUGAAGCAAAGCACCUUAACUGUAAUGCAUAUCGAUUGCGUUUUGAUUGUGUCAUUUGUCUAGUGACGGGAAUCUCGUAUACUUAAAAGAUGUGGUCACUUGACUGAUGAUUAGUUUUAUCCUCGUUCGUAACGUGCCAUUUUUGUUCGAAAUAACCAAUAUAUCUACUUUUUUAUAAAUCGCUUGCCAGAGAUAACGUAAAAGCGUAACACUCAUUAGCAGUUGUGUAAUACUUUGCAAUAAAAUGACCGCAUUUCAUGACAAUAUAGUUCGAGCGGACGUUCGCUGGAGCUA